UACAUUCUCUCUCCAAUCCAUAAAUGAUUUCUUCACAAUCUCUCUCUCUUUCCCCAAAGAACAAACGACCUCUUCGAUUGCAUGUUAUUUCACAACCUCUUGUUACAACAAACCCACAUUGUUUUCACUAAAAUUAUCCAUUUUUAACCAUAACCAUAUCGAAUCUUGGAAUAAUUUCGCUGAUUUAUCUUCAAUUUCACCGAUUGCUGGUUAGAAAAUUAGGGUUUCCGGGUUUUCUGGUGUAGGAUUAUUAUGAAUUGAUGCUCGAUUGUUGUGUUUUUUGAGCUGAAAUUUGUGUAUUUCUAAAUUGAUCAAGAGAUUUUUUCUGGGUUAGGGCUUUCUUGUUGGGAAUUUUACCUUUGGAAGAACAUUUAAGAAUAGCAGAAAAUGGAGAAGUAUGAGCUUGUGAAGGAUAUAGGAUCCGGGAAUUUUGGGGUUGCUAGGUUGAUGAGGAACAAGGUUUCCAAAGAGCUUGUUGCUAUGAAAUAUAUAGAAAGAGGGCAUAAGAUUGAUGAGAAUGUUGCUCGGGAGAUCAUCAAUCACCGAUCCCUUCGACACCCUAACAUUAUCCGGUUUCGUGAGGUGGUACUAACUCCAACCCACCUCGCUAUUGUCAUGGAGUAUGCUGCCGGAGGGGAGCUUUUCGAUAGGAUUUGCAAUGCCGGAAGAUUUAGCGAAGAUGAGGCUAGAUACUUCUUCCAACAGCUUAUAUCUGGAGUUCACUACUGUCAUUUUAUGCAAAUAUGCCAUAGAGAUUUAAAGCUCGAGAACACUCUUUUAGAUGGGAGCCCUGCACCGCGCCUGAAGAUUUGUGAUUUUGGCUACUCAAAGUCAUCUUUACUCCACUCGAGACCCAAGUCGACAGUUGGAACCCCUGCAUACAUUGCACCUGAGGUUCUUUCGCGUAAAGAGUAUGAUGGCAAGAUGGCUGAUGUUUGGUCAUGUGGAGUGACACUUUAUGUUAUGCUUGUGGGAGCAUACCCUUUUGAAGACCAACAAGAUCCAAAAAAUUUUAGGAAGACCAUUCAACGGAUCAUGGCCGUGCAAUACAAGAUCCCUGACUAUGUUCACAUAUCUCAAGAGUGUAGGCAUCUUCUUUCUCGGAUAUUCGUCCCCAAUGCUUCUCGGAGAAUUAGCCUAAAAGAAAUCAAAAGCCACCCAUGGUUCUUGAAGAAUCUGCCGAGAGAAUUAACGGAAGCGGCUCAGGCGGUGUACUACAGGAAGGAAAACCCGACAUUCUCUCCACAAAGUGUGGAGGAAAUCAUGAAAAUUGUUGAAGAAGCAAGAUCCCCGCCUCCUGCUUCACGUUCCAUUGGUGGCUUUGGAUGGGGCCAGGAAGAAGAUGAGGAUGACGAUGAUGACAAACAAAAUGAGACUGAAGAUGAUGAAGAUGAGUAUGAUAAAAGAGUCAAAGAAGCUCAUCAAAGUGGUGAAGUUUGUCUUACCUAAAAGUUUUUACCUUUUUAUUUUCUAGUUUUUCGGUCUGUAAAAAAAGUCGGUUUUACUUACUUGCAUGGGAGCUAAAUAAUCAAUGUAUGAUGAUGCUAUUGUAUACUUGAAUCUGGUUUUGGUUAUUUAUCUUUCGUUUCGUCAGAAACCGGCUUGUCGGUUUUUGGGCUAGUUAAUGUUGGAUUUGGUUUUCAACUUGUACCGCAACAUGAUAUCAAAUGUUUAAUGUUGUUUCAAGGA